AUGGGGGCUGUGCUUGGACGGCAUGACACCCACAAGCGGAGUUUCCAUGGUUCGAAGCUGGAGGCAAAGAUGGUUGAUGCUAUGCAGCAGAGAGCGUCGCAUGGAACUUCACUGAAAUCGUUCGAUAGUAUUAUCAUGAAGUUCCCCAAAAUUGACGAGAGUUUUAGAAAAUGCAAGACUAUCUUCGAACAAUUUGAUGAAGAUUCCAAUGGCGAAAUAGAUAAAGAAGAACUGAAACAUUGUUUUCAAAAGCUGGAAAUCUCAUUCACAGAGGAGGAGAUAUGUGAUCUCUUUGAAGCUUGCGAUAUAAAUGAAGAUAUGGGCAUGAAGUUCAAUGAGUUCAUUGUCUUUCUGUGCCUUAUCUAUCUUCUCAAUGAACCAGCUGUCUCAGAAGCAAAGAUAAAGAUGGGCCUAGGAAAUCUUGAGGCAACUUUUGAGACCUUGGUUGAUGCAUUUGUCUUCUUGGAUAAGAAUAAAGAUGGGUACGUGAGCAAGGAUGAGAUGAUUCAAGCAAUAAAUGAGACCACGACAGGAGAGCGCUCUUCUGGGCGUAUAGCCAUGAAAAGAUUUGAGGAAAUGGACUGGGACAAGAAUGGAAUGGUGACAUUCAAGGAAUUUCUGUUUGCCUUCACUCGUUGGAUUUUAGCUGAUCCGUGUGUAUCUGAUCAGCGGCUUCUUUUCUUGAAAAAGCUUGGGGUCACUAUCUGCACUGCUACCAUGGGGGCUGUGCUUGGAGGGCAUGAACCUACAAGCGGAGUUUCCAUGGUUCAAAGCUGGAGCGAAGAUGGUUGA